AUGAAUGCAUCUGGGAUCAGCCCGCCCAUUCUCGCUCCUUCAGAGACUGCUCUUCUCGAAGCAUUCAUCCCAGGAUACCCGCUCGUCUCGCGGUUUCUCACCUCGUAUUUCCAUGUCGACAUCUCCUCUUACCUGCCUUUCAUCGUCGCUCUCGCGGCUCUGACUGCGGCGGUGAAAUACUCUGCCGACGCCUGCUUCCAACUGUUCACGGAACACCUGGUCUCGACCGCCGAGAUCCGCCUCAACGACGACAUGUACAACUACCUGAUGUUCUGGCUGUCGCGGCAGGAGUUCUCGAGCCGCAGCCCGCGCUUUGUUGCGUCUACGAAGCUGGGCAGCGAAUUCAUCUGGGAUGACGAUGAAGAAGAAGAGGCCCUGGAAGAUGAGAAUGAAGAGGAAGACCUGAACGUUGGGUUUGACGAAUACUGGGCUCGGGCGAUCAGUCGGGACAAGUUCAAACGGUUCCGCUUCACGCCUGCACAGGGGAGACAUCGGUUCUGGUACAAGGGUCGCCUGAUCACGUUCACGCGCGAGCAGGACGAGCGGCUGUCUAGAUGGGCGUUCAAUGCGGAGCGGCUGUAUCUUUCCUGUUUCGGGCGGGACCCCUCGGUCCUCAAGGAGCUGCUCGCCGAGGCGCAGCGGGCGUUUGUGGAACGGGACGGCAAUCGCACGAUCAUCUAUCGCGGUCAGAAGAACGGGACGAGCUUCGAGUGGGUGAGAUGCAUGUCCCGCGCGCCGCGCCCGCUGUCCACGGUCGUGCUGGACUCGGUGCAGAAACAGGAUUUCAUCGAUGAUAUCAAGGAGUAUCUCCACCCCUUGACGCGCCGGUGGUAUUCGAACCGUGGCAUUCCGUAUCGUCGGGGAUACCUCCUUCACGGACCCCCUGGAACGGGCAAGACUAGCCUCUGCUUCGCGGCGUCAGGUUUGCUGGGACUCAAGAUCUACCUGCUCAGUCUGAAUUCGAAGAGCCUCAGUGAGGACGGCCUGGCGGCUUUGUUCCACAGCCUGCCCCGGCGGUGUAUCGUUUUGCUGGAGGACGUCGAUACGGCCGGCAUCACGAAGAAGCGAGACAGCAACAACACCCAGGACAAACCCUCCGACGCAGACCAAGACAACAGAAACAACAAAGAACAGGGACCAGACGCCGAGAAGACACCGUCUGGUGGCGCCAAGAAUGGCGAGGACAAUCCUAGCGACAACAAUACAGCGGAUGGCAUCUCUCUAUCUGCUCUCCUCAAUGUGAUCGACGGAGUGGCCGCCAGCGAGGGCCGCAUCCUGGUCAUGACGACGAACCACAUCGAGAAGCUCGACGCCGCUCUCCUGCGGCCCGGACGCGUGGAUGUAAGCAUCACCUUCGGAUACUCGGACACGACUGCGAUCCAGGACCUGUUCCGCUCGAUCUACGGCACCCUCCACCACGACCAUGCCGCGUCGUCAUCUUCCGAGAAGAAAACGGCCCUCUAUUCCGAUGCCCAGAUCGAGCAGCUGGCUUCUGAUUUUGCAUCCCGAGUUCCCGGCGGCGAGUUCACCCCGGCCGAGAUCCAGGGAUACCUACUCAAACAUAAGAACGCCCCCGAAGAGGCGAUCGAUGGUGCGGUUGCAUGGGUUCACGAUUUGCAGGAGAAGAAGGGGCAGGCUGAAAGCCCGGCUACUUGA